CUGUGUGUCCCUUGGUUAUGACGUAACUUUGGCGCGCCUCGUUUGUGUUGAAGCAGGAGGAACUGUUGUGUUUAACGACGCUUUGUAACGCGCACCUGGCCCUAUUUUCACGAUUUCAGCUGGAGAUGUCUCAACAGCCUUCACAGUCUCUGCCCUCCGCCCCGGACUCCCCUGCCCUGCUGGUCACCAGUAAUGUGCAGAAAUAUGCCAUCAAGAAGAAGAAGGUCCUCAGUGCUGAAGAGAUGGAGCUGUUUGAGCUGACUCAGGCUGCAGGUAUCACUGUGGACCAAGAGGUCUUCAAGAUCAUAGUGGAUCUGUUGAAGAUGAACGUGGCUCCUCAAGCGGUCUUCCAGACUCUGAAGGCGAUGUGUGCAGGUCAGAGGGUCGCUGAGAGCUGCGGCGGAGCGGAGCCUUCAGCGGCCUCCCACACGACCGGCAUCACCGCAGCACCAGCGGAGGCCAGAGAAGAGGACUCUUUGGUCUCUGGAAAGAGCCCUAAGCUCUCCGCAGCUCCUCCCGCAGCGUCUGGCCCCAGAGCCACAAGGGUCAACACUAAGAUUGUGGUCUACGGCCCCCAAGACGCUAGCCCUGCUCACGCUCAAGUUCGCAGUAAAGCCGGAGCGAGUCACAGCGAGAAGAGCAGGGAGGCCUCCAGCCAGCGAGUGCAGCGGCAGCCCAGCGCCACAAGAGGGCAGAAGACUAAGAGCUCCGGUAGCAGUAGUUCCUCCUCUCAGAUAAACUCCACAUAAGUGUCCUGUCACUAAGACACCACUUGUAAAUAGUUUUCUUUACGUCUAAAUUAUCUGGAUGUUUUAUUGUGUUGCUUUUUUUAAAGGGGUUGUUUUACUUAAAAUACAGAAACACACAAAAACGUCUUUCUCCACUACUGGAAGUUUGAUUUGAAAUGUGUUGGUUAAUGACAUAUUUUUACUGAUCUUCACAGCAUUAAAACAAUUUUUUUUAAACCGUAAACCAGCACCCUUAAUAAUAAUCAUCAAGUUCAAAUGACAAGGUGAAGCCGUAACUAUGACGACGAGGAUCAAACCAAACUUAGGAGGAUAAAAAACAAAAGCUGCAUGCAUUGUUGGAUAAAGUCCACACAUGUAAAGCAUCAAAAUAUAAACAUUUCUGUCUGUAUUUAAGUAAACCAAUCCUUUUUAAAUUCAAAUGCAAACGUCCUAUUCUCACUUUCAGUUUUCCUUCAUGUAACAAACAGAAAAUUUAGCUUUUUUAACUGAAACGUGAAUACGUCUGUGUUUAAUGUGCAUUUUUUUAAAUAUAAAAAACAAUCUAAUAAAUCCAACAACUAUAGAACGAUCA